UUUUUGAUUUACUUCUUUGAUUCAAAUAAUUACUAUUACUUAUAUAUAAUAUAUUAUAUUCUGUUAUCUCAUAUAUAUAUAUACAACUCAUCCUAACAGAUAUAUAAUCUCAAUUGACUAACACAUACUUCAAUUGACCUCUUUUUUUGCAUUUUAUACCAUUCCACACGACCUUCAUAAUAUUUUUUUUUAGUGACAUCAAAAACUAGAAAACACCCAAACUACCAAAACUUUUCAAUCAGUUAACUACUACUACUACUUUACUAUCAAUUGAUACUUAAAUUACACUUUUCAAUGUCAUUAAGAACUUUGGGAUUAAACUCCACUGUCAAAAGCUUAUUCGCAAGACAAGCAGAUUUAACUAGAACUGUCUCUACUGUUUUAGAAUUCAAAAAUGACGCUACAAUCGAUGAAUCCACCAUUGAAAAUAUCAUGACUAGAUCAGAUAAAGAAUUAGGUGGAUAUUCCACUGUUAAUUUCACCCUUGAUCCAGAAGAACAUGUGGGUCAUUUCCAUGGAUAUUUAAGUUUGGAUUUACCAAAGGAUAAUCCUGAAGUUACUAGAUCUGGGUAUGCUAUGUUUAGAACUAAAGAUCAAAAGGAAUCUUGGAUUAGUGGUAAUUCAUAUUGGGAUUGGUCAAGUUAUAAUUCAUUAGUGUUAAGAGUUAAAGGUGAUAGAAGAAAAUAUUUAGUUAAUAUUCAAGCCAAUACUCCAUUAGUUACUGAUUUAUUUCAACAUCGAUUAUUUUUACAUCAUCCUGGUCAAUGGGAAACUGUCGUUAUACCAUUAAAUGAUUUUGUCAUGACUAAUUGGGGAAUAAUUCAAGAUGGAUCUGAAAUUAAUAAAUCAGAAGUUAAAACCAUUGGUAUUGGGUUAUUAGAUAAACAAUAUGGACCAUAUUCUUUAAAAAUUGAUUGGAUUAAAGUUAUGACUGGUGCUGAAGUAGUUAAAGAAACUACUGAAGCAAGAUCAACUUUAAUGCAUCAAGAUAGAUUAGAAAAAGGAGGUAUUGAAAAUGAUCCAAUCACUCAUCCAAUUGGAGGAGCUGCCAUUCGUGGUUCUACCACCGUUGAAGAAUCAAAAGAUACCGUGUUUUAAUCAUUCCAAUUUAAGAGAGAGAAUUACCGGUAUAAUUCUCCAUUAUCAUCAAACACAAUAACACAAACACUUUUUUAAUUCGUUUAAUUUCGUUUCGUCUUUACUUACACAGGUUAAUUGAUCAAAGGAUUGAUACUGGUUUAUCAAACAAGGUUAAUUUCAAUCAGGCGGUGUGGGUUACUUAUUUAUUAUUACUACUACUAUUAUUAUUAUUUUGUUAUUAUUACUUUAUACUCGUUAUAUGAAUUGAUAAAAAGUGAAAAAUGUUAUAAAAAAAUAUACUCUUCUAUACAUAAAAUAAUAUAAAAAACAUGAAAAAGCUCCAAAAAAAGUAAAUAAAAAUGAAUAUACAUUAUAUUUUC